AUGGGUCGCAAAACUGAGUCACCACUUAUGGAUAUCGCAAUGCAGAUGGUCACUGAUGCAAAUCAGGCACUCACUGAGGAGGAACUUAGAGCAGUUAAAGAUACAUUAAAGAAGUACAUCCAGAACGAGAUUAGCCUCGAAUAUGCUUCCGACAUCAUGAGCCCUAUACUCGUUAACCUCGAUCCACUCCACCGCGUUGACAACAUCCUUCACGUUGUCGAGACACCUCUUGACGAGUACUCACUUGAAGAGGAGAAGCUUGCCGGCCGCCGUCGCUCACACAGCUGGAGCAUUGCAGAAGACAAUCGCCUCAUCUAUGCCAUCCACCACGGUGGCUUUGGCGACUGGUCACGCGUUGCUUCUUUUGUUGGCAACGGCCGCACACGCAGCCAAUGCAGCCAGCGCUGGCACAGAACACUCGAUCCACGCAUCAACAAGCAGAACUGGACUACAUCAGACGACAACAAACUUCUUGAAGCGGUUUCUAAGUUCGGUGUCAACACGUGGACUAAAGUUGCUAAAUUUGUUGGCUCACGCACCGAUGUCCAAUGCCGCUACCGCUACAUGCUUAUCAAGAAACACGGUAAAACUCUUGGUAGAAUGCGUUCGUUCAAGUCAAGUUCCGAUAAGCGUUCAUCACGUAACACUCGUUCUAAGGCUUCAAAGAUUGAAGCCUCAAGUGAUGAAUUCUCAAACUAUACAAGCGACAGUGAGAGUGAUUUUGUUAUAGACGAUAACACAAACGAAAAGUCUAGUCCAGCUACUAUUGAACCUACAGAACAGAUCUCAUACAAGGAUGCUAUUCAAUCCUCAUUUAACCCAUUCAUGUCUCAGAUGCAGAUUCAAUCUGUUCCUAAAGUUAUUCAAAAGACGACUGAACCAGAUAUUAACACAGUAAUUGAAACAGCUUUCAGCUCAGAAGUUAUGGCUAACAUAUGGAAAUCUUUGUUCGAUGCUCCAUCAGACUUCGACUUUGGUAUGAACGUCGAAGUUAUGUAA